AAUAAUAAUAAUUCAAUUCAAAGCUUGCUUCGAUUCGUCUGUUACUACAAAUUUGCUUUCCUUCUCCAGCAGAUUCAUUUCAUUUUUUUUUUGGUUUCACCGAAAGCGGUUUUUGGAUUUUGAAUCUGUCUCUGCCUCCGAUCUCCGAUCUCGAUCUCUCGCUGUGGAUUGAGAUGGAGAGCUUACCGACGACGGUGCCGGCGAAAUCAGAACGGCGAGGAAGGCCGUCGAAGUCUCAACGCACCUCCAAGCCCUCCCUUGCUAUGGCCUUCUUCUCUUGCCUCGCUUGGCUCUACGUCGCUGGUCGAUUAUGGCAAGAUGCGGAGAACAGAGUGUUACUCAAUAAUCUGCUUAAGAAGAACUAUGAUCAGAGACCUAAGAUUCUCACUGUGGAAGACAAGUUGAUGGUCCUAGGAUGCCAAGAUCUUGAGAGGAGAAUUGUUGAAACUGAAAUGGAGUUGACUCUAGCGAAGAGUCAAGGUUAUCUUAAAGGCCAAUUGCAGAAAAGUGGCUCAUCUUCGAGGAAGAAAUUGCUUGCUGUAAUUGGAAUGUAUACAGGUUUCGGAAGCCGUUUGAAGCGCAAUACCUUUAGAGGCUCUUGGAUGCCGCAAGGUGAUGCCUUAAGAAAACUUGAGGAGAGAGGAGUUGUCAUACGUUUUGUGAUUGGUCGGAGCCCAAACCGGGGUGAUAGCUUGGAUCGGAGCAUCGACGAGGAAAAUCGUGCUACUAAAGAUUUUUUGAUUCUUGAGAAUCACGAGGAGGCUCAAGAAGAGUUGCCCAAGAAAGCGAAGUUCUUCUUCAGUGCUGCUGUUCAGAAUUGGGAUGCAGAGUUUUAUGUUAAAGUUGAUGAUAAUAUUGACCUAGAACUUGAGGGAUUAAUCGGACUCCUUGAAAGUCGCCGUGAUCAAGACGGUGCUUACAUCGGAUGCAUGAAAUCUGGGGAAGUGGUGGCUGAGGAGGGAAGACAAUGGUAUGAGCCGGAUUGGUGGAAAUUUGGAGAUGAGAAAUCGUACUUCCGCCAUGCGGCUGGUUCGCUUUUGAUACUCUCCAAGAAUUUGGCGCAGUAUAUUUAUAUCAACAGUGCAUCCUUGAAGGCAUACGCUCAUGAUGACACAUCCAUCGGCUCUUGGAUGAUCGGUGUUCACUCAACCUAUAUAGACGACAACCGCCUUUGCUGUAGCAGCAUCCGACAAGACAAGGUGUGUUCCGUGGCUUGAUCAACGCGUUUGCUGAUGGGCUUCGCCUUUGCGGGGAGAGACAACGGGCAUUUUCCGAGCAUUCUUGGAUCCAAAGCGUAGACAGAGUUGCUAUUCUUCUUUUGGUUAGAAUCAGAUGAGUGUUUUACUUGGUAGUAAUUAAUGUUUUGAUUAGGGCAGGCAUAUACCCAUAUGACAAUGAGGAUUUAACCCUCAGCCGCUAAAUAUAGAGAGUGAUGAGGACUUGGGGCUUGGGAGAAGAAGGUUGCAUGCUUUUACUUGCUCUUUUUGUUCCCUUUCUUUUCUAUGCCCUUUAUAAUUAUCUUCACAUAAACCUACUUACAUAUAUACAAGUUCUUCUGCUA